AUGGCAUCGACCAAGUCGUUUUCGGUCUCUGGCAAAACCGCCAUCGUAACUGGCGCCGGCUCAGGCAUCAAUCUCGCGUUUGCCCAACUUCUUCUCUCCCACGACUGCAGCGUCGUAUUUGCAGAUUUGGAGCUGCGGCCAGAAGCAAAAGAUGUCAUCUCGAGAUACCAAAGCGAGGGCAAAAGCAAAGCCCAAGCUUCGUUUAUCAAGACGGACGUAACUUCAUGGACUGAUCUUUCCAACAUGUUUAGCUUUGCGCUUGAGAAGCAUGGAGACAUCGACAUUGUUUGCCCAGGCGCAGGUGUAUACGAGCCUCACUGGUCAAACUUUUGGCAUCCGCCUGGCUCCAGCGAAAGUCGAGAUGCGGUCGAUAAAGGCCACUAUGGGCUGCUAGACAUCAACUUGACACAUCCUAUUCGUGUAACGCAAAUGGCGAUAUCGCACUGGCUGUAUCCUCGGCCACCGAUUGAAGGCUCCAAGUUCACCGCAGCGCCGCCCAAGGCGUCUCCCAGCAACCCCAAGAGGGUCAUCCACAUUUCUUCAGUCGCCGCCCAGAUACCCGUCUGGAGAGCUCCGCUAUACGCCGCAUCCAAGUUUGGUCUUUCGGGCUUCAUUCGCAGUGUCGCGCGGCUAGAGCCUCUGUUUGGUGUGCGUGUCAACGCCGUCGCGCCCGGAGUUGUUCGGACCCCUCUCUGGACGGAGCAUCCAGAGAAGCUGAGAAACGUGGAUCAGUCCCAAGACGCAUGGGUGACUCCGCAGGAAGUGGCGCAGGCAAUGCUCAGAUGCAUCGAAGAGGAUGAGAAUGUCGGAGGGACUGUCUUGGAGGUUGGCGCUGGCAAUACUAGAAAAGUCAAUGCAUUCAACGAUCCGGGCCCAGACAGAGAUCCCAGAAAAGGCCUGAUUACCAGCAGCAAUGAACAUGGCGAUGGAGAUGUGCUUAACUGGCUCCAGGACGAAAACGUCUGGGGACCUCAUCUAUAG